GGCUCGGCCGUUAGAUCGUUAAACACAACACAACACAUUGUGUUCAGCAGUGACGUAAGCCAGUGUUGUUUAUGAGUUGUUCUAGUCGUUACGAGAGAUAACUAACAUAAGACUCGAUAAUCCGAUGGUUGCUAUAGCAGUUUCAGGAUGACUCGCUGAGGGCGAAGGGGGUGGGAAUUCUUCAAUGAAAUUUGAUAUCUCAGUUCGUUGUGAUAUUGUCACUAGCGUGUGGGUGAGGUGAGUCUUCGACAUUUAAACCCAGACGGACCAAAGGAUAUUCAAGGAGGAUAUACUAUGUGCAACAGGUCUUUGAUUUAAGGCAAGACUGGACAUUGCCAUUGGCUAGAACCCAAACAUUGAAUGAUUCUAUUGGAAAUAACAAAGGACCUGAUGGUGUUGUUUUUUAGAACACAUAGAACCUGAUGUUUCUAUUGGUUAGCUUUUGUCAAGCAGAAGUCAAGAUUCUGAAGUAAGAAAUAAAUAAUUAUGAAUCAUUAUCGAGGUAAUAACACGAGGCUAACUCUAAAACAUGUAGAUGCGUAACGCCUACCUGUAAUCAAAACAUCUAGUUCAACAAAUGAGAAAAUGUUAUUUUAUUUUUUAAAUCUUGAAAAAAAAAAAAAAAAGUUAUAACAUCUGCAUCUUCUAUUAUCUAAUUGUUGUUCAUUUGGCGGAUAAAAUGCAAGAAUUUUAAAAGUCCAGUUACAACGUACACAUCCACCAACAACGAUAAAACACAACCAUAUGUUUCUGAACUUACAAAGCCUCAUACCAACCCUACCUAACCCAAUGUGAUACAUCUUUCAUGUCCACUUCUUGACCAGAUGCCCAAACCAUACAAACGCGGGAUCGCCCGGUCUCGCCCCGUCUUCCGGUUCGUGGUGGUGGGCGAUGGACUGUGCGGCAAGACGAGCAUGCUGGACGUCCUAAAGACGAGCACGUUCUGCCAAUACUACCGGCCGACGGUCAUUGAGUCGAGGACCGCUGAGAUAUGGGUCGAUGAUAACUUGGUAGGUCAGCUUGUUUUGUUUUGAUCAUCUUAUUUUGACCACCUUAGCAUCUUAUUUUGGUCAUGUGAUUUUGGUAAACUUAUGUGGAUCAUCUUAUUUUGAAUAUCUUAUCAUGAUAUUUGGAUUAUCUUAUUUUGAACAUCUUACUUUGAUCAUCAUAUUGGGAUAAUCUUAUUAUCUUAUUUCGAUAAUCUUAUUUGGAUCAUCUUAUUUAAUCACUUAUUACGAUCAUCUUAUUUCGACUAUAAAAUCCUUUUAUUUUGAUUUUCUUUUUUUAGAUCAUUUAAUUUGGAUCAUCAUAUCUGGAUCACCUUAUUUUCAUCAUCAUAUUUAGGAUAGUCUUAACAUCUUAUUUGGAUCAUCUUAUUUGGAUCCUCUUAUAUACUUAAAUAAUUUUCUUAGACAUUGACCAUUUAUUUGUUUAUUGCGUUUAAAAAAUAGUUUUUUGUGACAUCCUUAAUAAUGUUCACAGACCACACCAGUGUUUCCUAGGCUGGAGUGUUCAGACUGUGGUACUAAUUUUCCUUUUCAUGCCUAAAAUUAAGAAAAUAUUGUAGGUCACGGAAUAUUCACAUUAUGUAAUAUUUCAGAAUGUAUUCCAAGAUUCGAUCUAGACAUGAAACCAACUGGAAUUAUCAUUGGGGGGAAAAAAAUAUGUGGGAAUGCUCUCUAAAUGUAAACUAGGGGAAACAAUACAUCAAUGCUUGACUGAAUUGGUGUCGUGGUCUUUUGAUGUCAGGUCGACCUGGUGAUCACCGACACGUCAGGCCAGGAUGAGAACGACAAACUCAGGCAGACGUCCUACAGCGGUGCCCACGUCGCGCUGCUGUGUUACAGCGUCAAUGACCGGAACAGCCUGGAGAACGUCGUGGACAAGUGGAGGUCUGAGGUGAGAGUCUCUGACUGGCAGCGCUUGGCUAAGCGACCGCCAUUCUUGUCUUGCUGUUAUGUCAAGCUGAUACUAUAGAACAUGUCACAAAUCAAAUAUUUAGAUAUUAAUUUUGUUUCACACACGCCACGUUUUCCUCCCCCACAGCUCACUGAGCACCUCACCAACGUCCCGGUGGUGUUGGUGGGCACAAAGACGGACCUGCGGGACGAACCGUCCAUCACCAGGACACCUUUCAUGACGCGCUACGUCCCCGUGGACAGUCAGGAACAAUGGACGGUGGCCGAAAGGUACAUCGCUGUCUUUCAUGUAGACGUAAUGAGCAUGGAGCUCACGGCCCCCGUGUUGAUCGCGUGUAGUGACAAGGCCAGGUCUUUGUUGAUCGCGUGUAGUGACAAGGCCAGGUCUUUAGAACAGUUAGAUCUCUGAACCCGGACGAGCUGUUGCAAAACUUUUAAGACUUAAAUAAAUGUUUAAUAUAUUUUUCGUACUGAAUUCAAAUCAUUCACGCUUUGGGUUACUCUAGCAUGAUGUACAGGUGUUAUUAUGAUUUUAGCGGUCAUGUACACAUACAUAAAGUUAGCUGACAUGUACACACGCAGCUUUUAGCGGUCAUGUAUACAUAUAUAAAGUUAACAGUCAUGCACACAUGUAGGUUUUAACGGCUAUUGAAACAUUCAUUUUGUAGGGUACCUGCUUUUAUAAUCAAUUAUCUGAGGACGCAUUCACCGCUGACUGUGUAAUCGAGUCUCGUAACAAGUCUUUAACCCUUGCUUAUCUGUCAAUUGAACCAAGGGUCAAAGUUCAACAGUUUCAUUACAGGAAUGUGAUCAGCCGGACCCUUAAAAAAACAACGAUAUAUUUAUGUCUGACAUCAAAGAGACGAUCUUUUCGUUUCGCUGACAUUGUAUCUGACACUUGGCCACCAAUCAAACUGAACGAGCUUAAACUCAUAUAGUUUAACAUUCGUCUUCAUUCAUUCCCAGAUUAUUUUUUGCCUUUCCUUAUCAGCAGUUGAAUUCAUUAUAUUCCAUAAUUUCCCCAUUUUUUUGUUGUUUUUUUCUCCAGGAUCGGCGCCGCAGCCUGCGUCGAGUGUUCCGCCUUCAGCGCCGACUCUGUGUGUGGAGUCUUUGAGACGGCCACGCGCGUGGCGAUGCUGAGGAAGGAGGCGGCCCAACCGAAGAACUACUUCCAGCGGCUCCGAUCCAAUCUCAAAAAAUUCUUCGUGGUGAACUUCUGCUGCGUGCAGAGAACGGCCAAAUAUAUGCGUGUGAACUCUUAAGG